UUUGUGCGGUUAUGGGUUUCUGUUGUGUGGUUGGGGUAGCAAUACAAAGUAUUCUUUGUUUGGUGCGGUUCGUGCUGCGUUAUUAGUGUUACGUUUGAGAGUUGGAUCUUGGUUUCAUAAUAUUGGGUGGUGUGGUUGCCUAUCCAAUAAUUUUGAUUUUUCUGAAUCUGAGAGUGAUUUGGUUAGUGGAUUUAAAACUGAUUAUUAUGGGUUGUUUUUUGCUAUAAUAUUUGCUUGUGAGUAUGCAAUAAUGGUUUUUUUUUGGUUAGUUUGUCUCAGUUAUUUUUUGAGCUGUGUGUCUUGA